UCAAGUUUGGUUGAUGAAAAUGUCGCAGCACGUAGGAGGAAUUCCAUCAUGCCUCUUCCUCUUCGUAAUCUUCUUUCUUGUUGGUACCUAUUGUCAACAAGAAACUUCUCAGGCACGAUACAAGUUCUCACAACUCAUACCAACUAACUCGGUUUACGAACAUCGAGAAAGUGAUGUACCUUCCGAAUGGAAGAAAAAAAAUGAUACAUCAUCGUUGCUUCGUUCGUUGGAAGAAAAUAACGUCAUGGAUACGUCACGGUUGAAUUCAAAAGAGAAUAUUGAAGAAAUAGAAGAAGAUGAGGAAGAAGAAGAAAGAGAAAAAGAAGAAGAUGAUGAUGAUGAUGUUGCUGAUGAAUGUGAUUACGAAACUUAUGCUAAAUCGGAAAUUCCUGAUCGUAUUAAAGACACAUCGAAAUGUAAGCAACCGAUACACGAACAUAAUCCACUUCCAAAUGUCGAUAAUCUUCAUAAUUCGAAGAAUCAAGAAUACGUCGAAGAUCAUUCGACGAAUCAAUAUGAUUCAUAUUAUUAUGAGGAUUAUGAUAACAAUAAUCGAUCGCAAUACAAAACCAUAGACGCAGAAACCGUCGAUUAUGCGGAAUUCGAAACGCACGAUGAUACGACUACCGAAAAAUCUUUGGCAGGAUUAAAUAAUCAUCAUGAUCAACAAAAUGAUCAUUCUUAUUCCGAAGAAGAAUAUUUAUACGAGGACAAAGAAGAGGAUGAUUCGAUUCCUACGACAAACAAAAAUGUUAAAGAAGUUACUUCGAUGGAGGGUAGCAAGAAAAAUUAUGCUUUUGCAGAACCACCGAAAGGGUCAUCCUUAUUUCAGGAUGCUGAUGAAUUAGAGAGUCCGAUUUUGAUCGGUGAAGCUAUUGUAUCCGUAGUGACAACAAAAAGUGUAGUUAAUGGAACGAUUUCUAUACCAACUAGUACACCAACGCCAAUGACUACCGAACAAGUAGCACCACCACCUUCGCUGACCAAAGACAAAUCUAACGAUGAUCGAUUAUUAGAAAGUACUACGACUGAGGAUUCCAGAGUAUUGGCAUUUGUACAAACCAGUCGUAGCAUAUUCGGUGCACGUGUUCUAUCAUUUCCGGUGGUAGAUCAAGUCGUAAGAAUAAACAACGAGGCUGCACCCGUAACUCCGAUAAAAAAGACAUUUCCACCUCCAGAAUCAACGGAAAGCAUCAUCGAUAAACUUGACAGAGUGCAAUCUGAAUUAUCAAGUGGUUUUCUCGUUGGUGGCUUUAGGACAGCUGGCAAUGCAUUGCAGUUGGAUGUUUUAAAUGACAGAGAUCGUACCAAUCGUCGUAAAUAUGUUACAUCUACGAGUAAUAUCAAUAGUACUACUACUAAUAAAAUUCCAAUUAUUAGUAAAUUUGUACCUAGAAGAUACAAUGACAAGAGGUUUGAUCGUACCAACGUCAAUAAUUCUGAAGGAUUUUUAAAUGAUUCGGAUUCCAAUGGGAUGACUCCUAGCACGGCACGAACGAAGAUAGCUUUCAAAUGGCCAUCUGGAAAAACAACGACACCAUUAAAUUCCGACGAAAUAAAGUCUACGACUCAGGCUAGCACAGCUUCAACUAAAAAAAUUAACACACAAAUCAUUUUUCAAGAUGUCAAAUCUUUCCUACCACCUGGAUUUAAAUUAUCCAAAGAAGAUAAACAGGAAGUAACAGAGCGUAGUGUUUUGAGUGAUAUCUUUGCUAAAUCAAAGAUCGAUGUUUCCAAACUUUUACCACCUGAUUAUAAUAAAAAAAAGAACAAUGAUGUAUUCACGACACAAGUAACAACACCGAUUGUCGAUUCAUCGAACAAUUUUACUACAGAAAAAAUUUCCAUUCAAAAUCUCUUUGCCAAUGCAAAGUUCGACGUGGCUGCUUUAUUACCACGUGAUUACAAAGAAAAAGCAACAAAUUCAUCAGAGACGAAGGGAAGUGAAACUGUUGAUUCCAAUAAUGACAAUUCUACUUCAACUAGCUCUGAACCGACCACAGCUAAAGCUGCCGGUGGUUUGAAAAUUGUUUUUCCUAGCAGACCAGGUGGACGAAAGCAUGGUCAUAAAAUUACAACUCCUCAGAGUCAUCGAGUUGAUGGGCUUCCUGCGAUUACUCCGCGUAUACAGAAAGGAUGGCCAACUAGAGCUACCACUGAAUUUACUGGCUGGCCAACUCCAUCAACAACGCCUAUUUCAAUCGAAAAACUCUUGGAGGUUGCAAGAACGGCAACAGAUACCUCUGUGAACAUGUCAGUCGUCGAAACUACAAGUGCAGUUUCGAUAACGUCUACGACAACUACAACAACUACGACACCCAGAUCAACGACUAUUGGAAUAUGCGAGGAAGAGUGUGAAGUUGCUGGUACUAUACGAAUAAUUGGUAGUACAACUUGGGUCCCUGAAUUACUGGAUCGUAACACUCAAGAAUGGCAGCAACUUGCUAACGAAAUUGAAAGAGAUAUGAAUUUCGUUUUCUCAAAGUCUACCGUUUUAAUGAAUUGGUACAAGAAGAUAAGAAUCGAUUCGUUCAGUCCAGGUAGUAUUCUAGUAGACUUUUUCAUUGAACUCAUAAACCUACCACAAAGGAUCAAUACGCAAGAAUUGAAAGUAAUAUUUCAUGAUUCUUUGAGAACAUAUAAUUCGAGUCGUUGGAAUGAGACUAAAAUGAAAGGAGAUAUGAAGUUGGGUGCAUUUACGAUUGAUCCUAAAUCUACUGAUUUUGUAGUAAUACCUAAAGUUCCUUUCUCUAAUAUUAUUGAAAACGAGGAUAGAUUAAUACCUCAGUGGGCAGUCGUUAUGAUAGUUAUUGGUAUUGGAGGAUUAUUAUUCAUUAUCAUUUUCGGUGUUUCUGUGUUGGUAAAUCGUCAAAAUGGUUCAAAAUUGAAACCUACUGUGUCUACAAUUUAUGAAGAUGGAAUUAGGAAAAAUAUACUGGGAGGUUCGCAUGCAACCUCGUUGAACAGAUCUAACGAUUACCCGAAACAAGUACAUACUAUAUGGACUGAUCCAGAUGUAUCGUGGAACGAUAAAUCAUUUGAAUCUGCAUCUAGCAAGGUAUUAGUCGAUAGAUCAUUUCAAGAAGGUAAGAAAUAUAAUCUUCACGACAGUUGGCGAUCUGAAUGGAACGGAUAUUAUUCUAAUCCAUCACACGGAAAUAAUAAAUAUGGUUAUAAUAAUAAUAAUAAUCAUCAUCAUCAGCAUCAUCAUCAUCAACAACAACAACAACAUCCAGAUUAUGAUACGAAUUUUUAACAUUGAUAACACUAAAUUGUUAUCUCUGUAAUUUUUAAGUUAAUUUAUUCGUAUAUGUACAGUAAGUAUUUAAAAUCGUAUACCGUUACGCUUAUUAAAUUUUUGCUUGAAAAUUGUUGAUACAGUAUGUUUAAAAUGAAAAAAAUCUAGAAAUAAAUACAUUAGUAUACGUUUAUUACGUAUUUAAUGAGUUUUAAUUAAAAGGAUUAAUUAUAACAAGUUUAAUAUCCGUUAAAGUAAGAAUAAUACAAAAUACACUUGUUUAAAAAAUACAUAUCUAUUAAUAUACUUUGAAUAUUAAACAAUUUCGAUUUGAUAUUUUAUUGUAUGAAAAUUUUCAACUGAAAGUCAUCACUGACUAGAAAUGUUAAAAUAAAUAUGCAUUUUCGUUAAAAUAAUAAUAAAAUAUAUGUAGAGUGUAUAAAAGUACUGGACAUACCUUAAAAAACUAUUAAUUAAUCGAAGGAAAUGUGUAUUAUUGUUUAAAAGCACGGAGUGUAUGUACGAUGCACCAUCCUCUUCGAAAUCCACCGUUAGACUGGUUCAUUGUCCUCUGUGAGAUUCGCUUUUAUUGAAUGUUGUUUAUAUGACUUUCCUUAUAUGGUACACAUAGAUAACAUAAAUAUAAUAUUCGUAAUAAAUAGAAUUUUCUUUUAAGCCAGUCUAACGGUGGACUCCGAGGGGGAACAGUACGUAGAACUUACACACCGUAUUUCUAGAAUAAAAUAUAUAUUUUUUUUGAAUUAAUUAACAAUCAUUUAAGAUAUAUCGAACAUUCUAAUGUUCUCUACUUAUAUUUUUGAUAUUUUUAACGUUUUUGGCCAUUGACUGAUGCAACCUCUGACGAAAAUUUUUUAAUUGUUUUUAUCCUAAAAAAUACUAUAUCAAUAGUUUUCAAGCAAAAAUCUAAUAAGCGUAACGGUGUACGAUUUUAAGUAACACUCACUGUAUUUUUUUUGGACGAUCAUUGGCUUCGGUGUUUAGGUAUAAUCGAUAUAAUGCAAUACACGUUAAAAUAAACAAGAAUUACGAAUUUAUACAAGAAGAACAUAUAAAAGAAAAAGAAAAAAAAUGAUUAACAUUAUUUUAAAAAGUUUA